UUUGUGUCCAAGUUUUGUGAUAUUCAAUUGGUGCGAGAGAUAAUAAAGCUAGCUAGAGAUAUGGAAGCUAGACAAAUUGGAGGAAAUGGAUCAGGGAGAAAGGGGGUUGAGGGAAGUGAUCAUGUAGAGAUCAAAGAAAAUGAAGAGGUUCUAAAGAAGAUUAUUGCAACUCAUCCUUUGUAUGAAGUUUUGAUUCAAUCCCACAUCAGCUGCUUGAAGGUGGGAUUAAUUGAAGCUGGAGAGUUUGAUGCAACAAGUGAUGCAUGGAAGAAGCUGGUUAACUCGAAGUCCAAAGCAACUCCAAGUCCAAACACUUCAGAGUUAGAUCACUUCAUGGAAGCGUAUUGCAUGGCACUGAGCAAGCUGCAGGAAGCGAUAGAGGAACCAACAAAAGAAACCAAUGCUUUCAUCAGAGCUACGUAUCUUCAACUAAAGGAGCUCAAUGAACUGAAUUGACCCAAUAAGCAGUUCGAAUCUUGAUGAUGCUUUUGUCCCCUUAGUGCAUCAUCUUGGUCCUUUCUUUCUACUACUACUAAGUACAAUUUGCUUAUUAUCUCUCAUUUUGAUGAGAAACUAACUCAAGCCAAUCGCUUUCAAUUCUGGCUAGACUCAGAAUCACAAGUUUUU